AUGGAGUUGAGAGUCUUGUUCAUACUAUUAACGACAAUAUUUUUCUUUGUCAUAAAUCCAAAUUGUUUGUUGGCCCAGGAAACUGACGAGUCUGGCGAUCUUAAAUACAUCGUUUAUCAUAAGCUUUUCAAUCAACCCACAUAUUCAGAACGUGGUGUUCUUGUUCUAACGCCAUCUCGAAAAGUCACAAAGUAUUCAAGUUCCAUUGGCACAUUAUCCAUUCAAGAUUUUGCCAACGGGACACACUUAGAUUCUUUUUAUCAAAUAAAAAUAGUCAAUGAACAAAACCCUCAAAAAGUAUUGAAAUCAUUUACAAAGGCAUGUCUGUUGGAGGCGUCUAAUUUCGAAGAUGAAAUAGUAGUCCAUUUGGACAAACAUAACACCAUUCAUCAUUUCGAUUAUUACACGUCGAUAGGCCAUUGUAAUUCCACUACUGUUCUGCAAUUCGUGAAUUUCAAGACUACCGUACAUACUAUUAAGUCAGUGAACGGUGCUAGCCCAAAGUUAACAAGAGCUUUACCCCUGAAGGAAGAUGGAACGGUAGAAAAACCACCGGAAGAAAAAAGCUUUUUACAAAAAUACUGGUGGUAUUUAAUCCCCAUUCUGAUAUUACUAUCAACAAGUGGUGCACCUGAAGAAGGUCAGCAACGCGGACGCGGUGGUCAAGGACAACAAGCCCACAUGGUACAUGAAUCUUUGAGAUUAUACGCUACAAACGAUUCGUACACCCUUAUACCAUAUUAUCUCGAUCCAAAGAUAGCAGCUCAGACUCUGGUCAUUAACAGAGAGACGGGUAACUUCGUGCUAGACAAUGCUUCUUUUGAACCGACUUCACCGUCCUUUCAUGCGAAUGCGCUUACGGUUUACGGCAUCUUCGGUGUUAUUAGGUUGUUAUCGGGUGAAUAUUUAAUUGUAAUCACUGGCCGAGAUCGCAUUGGGAGGUUAGGUGGACAUGACAUUUUUCAAGCAAAUCAAUUUCGAAUCCUUCCAUUCGCCAGAAAUAAUUUGCAACUUUCUGCUCAACAGGCAAGUACGAUGCAAGACGAACAACAUUAUCUGCUACUUGUAGAAAAUCUACUUAAAACUGGAACUUAUUAUUUUUCCUAUACUUAUGAUCUGACACAUACUUUACAAAGACAAUCUCAACUGGAAGACAAAACGUCUCUUCCCUUAUGGCAAAGGGCGGAUGAAAGAUUUUUCUGGAACCGCUACUUACAAUCUAAGUUGAUACAAACUACCCUUAAUAAUCCUGAUCAAAAUUUGAGCGAUUUCAUUCUUCCGGUGGUUUUUGGAUUCGUUUCCAUUUCUGCCACUCGAAUAAAUAAUAGGGAUAUAUUGUUUUGUUUAAUCACUCGUCGGAGCAGGCACCGCGCUGGAACGCGCUACUUUUCACGUGGUAUCGAUGAAGAAGGAAAUGUAUCCAAUUACAAUGAGACGGAACAAAUGAUUUUGUUAGACCCUAUUAAGGAUGGUCACAUGGGUAUGUCAUUUGAGGGUAAAAUUAAGCUUUCUUACGUACAGACACGUGGUUCUGUUCCGAUUUAUUGGGCUCAAGUCAAAGACAUGAAAUACAACCCAAAGCUCCAAAUAAUGGAUUUGCCUAAUACAAAUGAGUCAAUUCGUCGACAUUUUGAUGAGCAGAUUAGAUUUUAUGGCAAUCAAAUAUGUGUGAAUCUUACUAACAAAAAAGGGUAUGAAUACCCCGUGGGCGAAGCUUAUGAUGGGGCUGUUAAACAGUUGGAUGACGAUCGUAUAUUAUAUUAUCACUUCGACUUUCAUCACGAAUGUCGCAAUAUGCAAUGGGAACGAAUUCAAAGAUUGAUCGAUCAAAUUGAAGAAGAUCUAAUACGGCAAGAAUAUUUUUAUUCUGAAGAAUUAAACGGAUUGAAUAUCCGGAAACGACAGAAAUCAGUGGUUCGCACUAAUUGUAUGGAUUGCCUUGAUCGUACCAACGUUGUUCAGUCCACUUUCGCUAAAUGGAUGUUGACACAACAGUUGCGGGAAGUUGGUGUAUUGAGUAAUAGAGAGAGAAUUGACGAAAAUAUAAAUUUCAUGGACUUGUUUAGAAAUGUCUGGGCUGAUAAUGCUGAUGCGGUUAGUUUUUCAUAUUCUGGAACUGGUGCAUUGAAAACAGACUUUACCAGAACGGGUAAGAGAACUUUUCAAGGGAAUAUGGCCGACUUUAAAAAUAGCGUCAUCCGUUACGUGACAAAUACUUUCAAGGAUGGUGAUCGGCAGGAUGCAUUUGAUUUGUUGUUGGGCAAUUACGAAGUUGGCGUAAAUAUUUAUACAUCACCAUUUCUCGACAACCGAUCAUCUCUUACUAAGUUGGCUCCUCAAAUGUUAUUUGCGUGUAUUGCACUCCUGGAAUUUCUCUUUUUGAUUCCUAAAUCCGAAGGUUAUUCAUAUAUCGUGGGUAUCCUCAUGCUGUUCACAACUUUUGUUAUCAUUAGCCUGCUCCGAUAUAUUUUCGAUCAUGGUGAUGAGUUUAUAAAUUGGCCACGUCUCAUCCCUCAAAAGUAUCGAUUCUAUAAGAAUACUACUACACCACGCAAACAAACAAAGUCGACGCAACGUCAUAGUGAUUCUGAGUAUGGUGAAAAAAUUGAGUUGCAAAAGAUCGAAUAG